GAAUAGCCCCCUUUCGGUCAUGGCCGCCCCGGUCAACUUCCUUCCCGGAGCCCAGUCCGCGGCUCACCCCGCCCCCCAGCACAGACUCCCCAGCGCGGCUCAGAACGGCGUGGAGUCCAAAGGGGGAUCUGUGGUACCCCCGGGGGCUCCCUCGCCGUCUCAGGUGGUGAACCACAGCAAGAUGCUGGUGCCGGGUCAGCCCGCUUCCGGGAACUCGGUCAUCCUGACUAGCACCCCGCCGCCCCCUGCUACAGCCUGCUCGCCCGUCGCACAGCCCCUCGUCCCCCCAGCGGUCAAGCCGGCCGUCAACGGGCUAGGCCAGGCUGCAGUGAGAGCAGCUGGCGCCGUCCACCUCCAGAGAGCCGGGACGGCGACCGGGAGCGUCCGUCCAGCUGCCCCUCACCCCCUGUUGGCCGUCCGGCCUCAGCAGCAGGCAACCAUCCAGCUGCCCCCCGGGUUCACCAUGCCCGCAGGUAUGGUUCUGGUCCGCAUCGAGACGGGUCAGUUGGUGAUGGUGCCGCAGCAGGUCCUGGCCCAAGCGCAGGCCAAGACGCAGCAGAGCCCCGGCCUGACCGCCGUCCCACAGAGACCCGCUGGGCCCACCGCGCCCACUGCCAUCCGGGUCAGCACCGCCGCUCCGACUCCUGUUUCACCUCAAAACAUCCGUCUGGCGACCCCCCCUCACACCAGACUUCAGUCUCCCUCCUCCUCUUCAUCGCCAUCCUCGUCCUCCUCGGUGCAGGCCAUCACGGUGACCUCCGGUGCCGCCGGUGUCUCGGUGAAGAUGGCCCCGCCCCCGAAGGUGCAACCGGCAUUGGCGGCAGAGGUCACGACUGCCGCACCCACAGCGACGGCCGCCACCGUCAAGCCGUUGGCGGCGGCGCCCGGUACCGGUGCCGCACCCGGCGGCAGCAGAGUGACGCUGGUGUCGCAGGAAAUGCAGGAAAACGUGAAGAAGUGCAAAAACUUCUUGGCCACGCUCAUCAAGCUGGCGUCGAACAACUCGCCCUCGCCGGACACUUCCAAGAACGUUAAAGCGCUCGUCCAGGACCUCCUCGAUGCAAAGAUUGAGCCUGAGGAGUUCACGAGUCGUCUGCAGGCAGAGCUGAAAUCAUCCCCGCAACCGUACCUCAUCCCCUUCCUCAAGAAAAGUCUUCCCGCCUUGCGUCAGUCACUUCUCAGCAGCCAGCAGUCGCUGACCACGCCCCCCGCCUCCAGCUAUGCCCCACCCAUGAACGCCGCCAUUCGACCGCGCUUACCUGUCGGAACGCCCGGCGUCCGGAUGAACGCACCGCUCGCCACCGCAACGGUGGCAAUGGGUCGCAGCACGAUGCAGGCAGUUCGUGCCCCCAUAGUGGUGGGUGUGAGAACUCCAGGUGCUCUGAUGCGAGGACCCGCCGCCAUGGUCGGUAAGAGUGUGGUCACCUUGGCGGCGCCAGCCAAUCAGAAGAAAUUGGGAGACCCGGGGGGCGGGACUUUCAGAGACGACGACGACAUCAACGACGUGGCCUCCAUGGCCGGUGUCAACCUGAGUGAGGAGAACGCCCGCAUCCUGGCCACCAGCUCCGAGCUGGUGGGCACCAAGAUCCGUUCGUGCAAGGACGAGGCCUUCCUGCCCGCCGGCCUGCUGCACCGACGCAUCUUGGACACAGCUCGCAGGCUCGGCGUGAGCGAGGUCCCCCUGGAGGUGGUCAACUUGGUGUCGCACGCUACGCAGUCGCGACUACGCUCGCUGCUGGAGAAAGUCACGGCGCUAGCUCAGCACCGAUCGGACGCAGUCAAGGACGAAGAGCAUCACGAGCAGACGAGCGAUGUUCGCUCCCAGCUACGCUUUUUCGAGCAACUGGAGCGUCUGGAGAAGCAGAGGAAGGACGAGCAAGAGAGGGAGAUCCUGCUCAAGGCCGCCAAGAGUCGAGCCAGGCAAGAGGAUCCCGAGCAGGCCCGUCUCAAGCAGAAGGCCAAAGAGAUGCAGCAGCAGGAGUUGGCUCAGAUGCGCCAACGCGACGCCAACCUGACGGCGCUCGCCGCCAUCGGGCCCAGAAAAAAACGCAAAAUGGACUCGGCGGGCGGUGGCGGCGCCGCUGCCGAGGUGUCGUCCGGGUCGUCGGCGGCCUCGUCCGCGUCGUCUUUGUCCUCGCCGCGGCAGCCAUGGCGUCAGCGCAUCACCAGAGUCAACCUCAGGGACUUGAUUGUUUGUCUGGAACAGGACGGCAGCACCGCACGCUCGCUAAUGCUCUACAAGGCACUGCUCAAGUGAGGACGCAUCCCGGACCGCUCCCUCACACUCUAGGAGUGAAGGUGGACCCACAACCUGGACGCCCCCAAGUCCACACACCGCCGCCCCCCCACCCCUCCCUCCCAAGAUCAUCCGCUGACGUGUGCCUUCCCCCGUCGCCACAGCAACACUUCCCGUAGUAUCACGUGACCACAUGUGGGGCCGGGUCAGACGGCGGCCGUAAGUGUUCGGCUUAGCGUCGGAGCUAACAAGCGACAGCUCGGAUUUGGUGGCAGCCCAUCUGUAAAGGGGUCUUGGGCUAAAUGCGCGCGCUAGAUUUCAGAACACGAAAAUGGGGUUCUGCCCACACACACACCAGAAUCUAACCCAUCAGAGGUUGAGCCGGCCGAUCAACAUCAUGACCUGACCAUCAAUGACAUGCUAGCAGUGACAGGAACUUUUUCCAUGUAACACUCAAGCUAGCUGACUGCUUUGCUAACAUGCUAAAGUAGGGCGGACACGCGGUGAUUGUUCAAGUCAAGUCGGUCGGCUAAGAAGCAGAAAGAGGCGGCGCCCCGGAGCCGCUUUGGUUCUGGCCUCCUGCGCAGUGCCACAGCAGCACACUUUCUUUCCACUUUGAUCUUGUAGUGCGAAAUGCAGUUUUUCUUCACUUUUUAAGACUUUUUGCAGGUUUUUAAUGUUUUCUUUCUUUUAGUUCUUGUGAUGAGCGCCUCGGUCGGUCGGUGCCAACUUUUACGAUUAUUUAUAUUUCCUACAUUCUCUACUCAACCAUGGACUUUUACACCUGUUUGUACCUUUACUCAAAUGAAAUAAAAGACCUUUGGAAAGUG